AAUAAAUCGAAGAGAAUCGAAGGGAUUGUUGCGAGAAUGCCGCCGCUAUGGUUCAGGCUAGCAAUGACGAUUCCAACAGCAAUACGUUCGUGAAAACCAUAUGCUCAAUCUGCUUCGAAGAUCUGAAACCCAUAGUAGAAGAUCUUCAAUCAAUAUCUGUAUGCGGCCACGUUUUUCACGAGCUCUGCUUACAACAAUGGUUUGAGUACUGUCCCAAUGUGAAGAAGAGGAGUUGUCCUAUAUGCAAACAAGCCUGCACAAAAGCAAAUGUCGGGCGCCUUUAUUUCCAGUCGAUUGGUGAUUCAACUGAUAGUUCUUCUCAAAAGCCACGCGACUGCCAGGGAAAUCCUGAGGAAUUGCAGAGAGAGGUCAAUAGAUUGGAGGGAAAAGUUGCAGGCCUUUCUUCGUCCUUGGAGAAGCAACAGAAAGACUUUCAGGAAGUUAAAGAUGAGCUCCUCAUGUGCAGUGAGCAACUGAAAAUUGAGGUGGCUCUGAAACAUGAAGCUGUACUUCAGACAGCAACCGCUAAGCAGUUGCUUCGUGCGAAAUCUGAGGAGCUUGACAAAUCAACUAUGGAGUGCAUGAGAUUUAAAGAGAGGAAUAUGGCUUUGGCAAGGGAACUUGCAACAUUUAGACUGGCCUAUGAUAUGGACUUGAAAGAAGAUGAUGCCAUGAAACUUGCUUCAUUAGGAAAUGACGGUGGCAGCAGAGAAGGAAAUUAUCUUCUGAUAAAAUCUUUGAACGCUCAUAAAAAGAGUUACAAGGAACUGUUGGCCAAGUGCAAUGAUUUAGGAAGACGAGAGGCUCGGUGCUGUGAAGAACUUGAGAAUGCUAAUAAAAAGAUUAAGAAGCUGAAAUUGAGGGUCCGAGAACUUGCAACUGCUGUUGAAAUGAAGGAGAAUGAUGCUCUGAGAGUGCUAAAAGAUCAAAAUAUUAAACUGAAGCGCAAUUCACAUGAUAAUCAAAUGAAGAGACCUACAAAUCAGGCUGGUUUAGAUGAUAUCCCGGAUAUAUCAUUUGUUUUGGAGGAAGAAGAAUUCCCCAAGCAUGUGGCUGAAAAAUGCACAAUCAACGAUAAGUUACCUGGGUUUGCUCAUGACCGUAAUGAACAGGUUACAGUCCCUAUCUCAACAAAUGAAGUUAAGGAUAAACUAUGCUCCUCUACUUUCAUGCAAGCAUCCUCGUACAAAACUUCAGCACCUUGUGCUGAUGACAACAUAAUUGUUGAAGAAUGCCAUGAUCCAAGACCAGUCCAAUACUUUCAUGCUGACAAAAAUGAUGUAGAAUUGGUAAACUCUGACAACAAAGCUGAAGUAUCUCGCUCUUUGUCUUUGAGAAAGAGUAGAAAGAGACAACGGGCCGAGGAAGUUCCAUCUAACAUAGAUGAUGAGGUGAUAUGCAUUGGGGACACCAAUAAUCCUGUUCAAACCCCAGUACAUAAUGGAAAAGAGACUAGUUCAUCGAAUCCAGUUUCUGAACCUGAUAACCAUUGCUUCACUGGCGGCUUACUCGGCCCUGAUGGAACCAACUGGCACUUGGGAAAAUGGUGCAAGAAAGGUCAGAACCAAGGAUCAAAUUCAAAAGCAGGCGAUUUAAUUGCAGUUGGAGCUGAUGGCAGAGGUGGCCGAAUCAAGGUUAUGAGACCACUUCAUCAACCAUCAGUGGAUUCUAAAUGCAAGCAAAGUGGCAAACAAAGCAAGUUGAGAGGAGGAAAAGGAGUCUUGCAGAUUGAGCACUUCUUUCGAAAGACUGGUUAGUGAUGGACUCAGACAAGUUAUUUUGCUUGUUAGUAAUAUAGAGCUUUAAAUUGUAACAUGCAUCUCUCUAUUUAUAAAUGAAACAUUGUUCUGCUGUA